CCUAUGUGAGAUAUCGUUUGGUCUUCGUUACGUCCUAGCGCAACAGCUAUAAAACUCAUCGAUCGUCGAGGUGUAGACUCUCACGUCCUUUAUAUUUUACUUUUAUCGUCGUUUGACGAUAACAUGAAGAUUGCACAAAUUUUGUUUCAUCGUCAUGCAUCUUUUCUAUUUUCACGGAAUAUAACCGCAUUCUUUUCUAUUUUUAAUGCCAAUCCGUCGUCGAUGUUAAGACACGAAAUUCGUGGAAUAUCUGCGUUACAUCGGAAAAGAAGAGAGGAGAAGUUUAUGUAUGGAUCGAUGAAAAAAAAGAAAAAGCAGAUUUGGGUAAAAUCGGCAAACGAUUCGAACGAAGAAGACGCAAAAGUGGAUUCAGAAUUAUGGUGGCACUUGAAACUUAGUAGAUCUAGGAUGAACUUGGCGAAAUCCGAUCGUAAUGGGUUAUGCGAUAUAGAUUGUAGCCCGGCAAAAAAUAUACAACGUAUAAAGUUGAUUCCGAAGGAUCCUUUACUUGCUUACGACAAGGAUAAAAUCGUAUCCAACGCCAAGAAAGGUAUAAUUACAUUAGAAAAAUCCAAAGACGUUAAGAAAAAACAAGAAGGUAAUAAAAAUGACGACGCUUUGGCUAUUCCAAACGAUUCAAAAAUUCUGCAAGAGAAGAAUAUGAAAUUGCUGGAUGUAGAAAUAGAUAAGAUAUCUGGUUUCCCAAUGUUUAUCGAUAAAAAAGAAGAGUCGACGGAGAGAGAUAAAUUAGAAAUAUUAUCCAUUCCCAUGGAAGACGAUCCGGAGACGCUUUAUUAUCCUUCCGUUACUAAAAUUUUGUCCGCCACUAUGUCUCCGCAAGCUCAAAAGGCCUUGGCAUUUUGGAAAACGAAGAUGAUAAGAGAAAUGGGGGAAGAGAAUUUCAACGAGUAUCAUAAAAACCUGUUGAAAGAAGGAAAUGAAUUUCAUUCUUGUAUAGAAAAUACAUUAUUGGGAAGAACGGUCGAUAUACCGAAACAUAUUCGCCAGGCUUACGACGGUUUGAACGAAAUAAUAAAUGAGUUGGAAGAUGUCAAAGCGGUCGAGUCUUUGGUUUCUCAUAAGGACUUAUAUUAUAAGGGAAAAGUCGAUUGUAUAGCGUCAUUCAGGGGUAAAUUAUAUGCCAUCGAUUGGAAAAAAUCGGAUAAAGACAAAUUAAACAUAAACUUUAUGUACGACGCGCCGACACAACUUGCCGCUUAUAUAGGCGCUAUUAAUUCCUCCAAAAGAUAUCCAUUCGUGGUCGAUUGCGGUCUGAUAGUUGUCGGUUAUACGAGUGGAAAACCUGCGGACAUAUUCAUCGUGUCAGGCGAAGAAUUAAAAACACAUUGGGAAACCUGGUUAGCGAAACUCAAACGAUAUUGGAUUAACGUUAAAAACCACUGAAACCGUUCGAAUCAGAAUAAAAAAUGGAAAACAUAAUUUUAUAAAAAAAGAA